AUGUUCUCCCGAUUCGUAAAGCCUGCAGCUUUUAAGCCAACCGGCUAUGGCAUCCAAAGAGUUGCACAACAAGCUAGAUUCCUAGCUACUGUUGAAGGAAGUGCUGGUCGUGCCAUGCCAUACACCCGUCCUCGUGCUACUCCAAUCUCCCAUGACCGAGCUACAUUCACAAUCAGGGAUGGCCCAGUCUUCCACGGCAAAUCUUUUGGCGCAAAAUCCAACAUCUCUGGUGAAGCCGUGUUCACAACAUCCCUCGUUGGUUACCCUGAAUCCAUGACCGAUCCCUCUUACCGUGGACAAAUUCUUGUCUUCACUCAACCUCUGAUCGGAAACUAUGGUGUUCCAUCAUCUGCCAGAGAUGAGCACGGACUUCUGAAAUAUUUCGAGUCACCAAACAUUCAAUGUGUUGGUGUAGUUGUUGCAGAUUAUGCAGAGAAGUACAGUCAUUGGACCGCUGUGGAAAGUUUGAGUGAUUGGUGUGCCCGUGAGGGUGUACCAGCCAUUUCUGGUGUUGAUACCAGAGCUAUUGUCACCUACUUGAGAGAGGAGGGUUCUUCCUUGGCUCGAAUCACCAUUGGAGAAGAAUAUGAUGCCGAUCAAGAUGAGGCUUUCGUUGAUCCUGAACAAAUCAACUUGGUCAAAAAAGUCAGCACCAAGGCCCCAUUCCACGUUAGCUCUGCCCAUGGAGAUAUGCACGUCGCAGUUAUCGAUUGCGGUGUUAAGGAGAACAUUCUCAGAAGUUUGGUCAGCCGUGGCGCAAGCGUUACUGUCUUCCCUUACGAUUUCCCAAUUCACAAGGUUGCCCACCAUUUCGAUGGUGUCUUUAUCUCUAACGGACCUGGUGACCCAACUCAUUGUCAAGAGACCGUCUACCAUUUGGCCAGAUUAAUGGAGUCAUCCCAACUACCAGUCUUCGGUAUCUGCCUUGGACAUCAAUUGCUUGCUCUUGCAGCUGGUGCCCGCACCAUCAAGCUCAAGUACGGAAACCGUGCCCACAACAUCCCAGCUCUUGAUUUGACCACCGGUCAAUGUCAUAUUACCAGUCAAAACCACGGUUAUGCCGUUGAUAUGACUACUCUCCCAUCCGAUUUCAAGGAGUACUUCGUCAACUUGAACGAUGGAUCCAACGAAGGUAUGAUUCACAAGACCCGUCCAAUUUUCUCCACGCAAUUCCAUCCUGAGGCCAAGGGAGGACCAAUGGAUUCCUCUUACCUCUUCGAUAUGUACAUUGAGAACGUUCAACGUUACAAGAAGAACCAAGCUGUCUACCCAGCCGGCAAGGACAACAGACCAAAUCCUCUUCUUGUAGACAUCUUGUCGAAGGAGCGUGUUGGUGUCGCUCCAGCUCAAGUUGCCGCCGCCGCUUAA